AUGGCGAAUACAAGUGAUCUGGGGGAAAGCAACCCAUCGCUCCAAAAUUAUGCUCUCACUGCCUCUGCGGUGAAGCUAGCCUCCCUGGGACUCAUAAUUUGCACCAGCCUGAUAGGGAACGUCUCGCUAUCCCUCCUAGUGCUCAAAGACAGCACCCUCCACAAAGCUCCCUACUAUUUCCUUUUGGAUCUGUGCUUGGCCGACAUCAUUCGCACGACUGUCUGCUUUCCCUUCGUAAUGAUCUCCAUAAGCAGCGGCUCAAUAUGGGCAUACAGUCUGAUAAGCUGCAAGAUCAUCGCCUUCAUGGCAGUCCUUUUCUGUUUCCACAUAGCCUUCAUGCUCUUCUGCGUCAGUGUUACACGGUACAUGGCAAUCGCUCACCAUAGAUUCUAUUCCAAACGAAUGACUCUGUGGACGUGUGUUGCCAUCAUAUGCAUGGUGUGGACGCUCUCUAUUGCCAUGGCAUUCCCCCCUGUGUUUGAUGUGGGCACAUAUAAAUUCAUCCGGGAGGAGGACCAGUGCAUCUUCGAGCACCGUUAUGUGAAGGCAAACGACACCUUGGGGUUUAUGUUGAUGCUGGCAGUCAUAGUAGGCACAACGCACGUCGUUUACAUCAAAAUGCUAUGUUUUGUCUACGACCACCGUAAAAUGAAACCUGCUCAGCUGGUGCCGGCCAUCAGUCAAAACUGGACAUUUCAUGGCCCAGGUGCGACGGGGCAGGCGGCCGCCAACUGGAUUGCGGGCUUUGGAAGAGGUCCCACUCCGCCAACCCUAGUGGGCAUCCGACAGGCGUCGCACAACGUCAACCGCAGGCUCCUGGUUUUAGACGAGUUUAAAAUGGAGAAGCGGAUAGGCAAGAUGUACUACAUGAUAACGCUGACGUUUCUCGUUCUCUGGGCCCCGUACAUCAUCACGUGUUAUUUUCGGGUGUUUGUGAAAGGCAGCGCCAUUCCACAGGUCUACUUGACCGCGGCCGUGUGGCUCACUUUUGCCCAGGCAGGAGCCAAUCCCAUCAUCUGUUUCAUAUUCAACAAAGAACUGAGGAUGCGUCUAAGGGCCUGCUUUCCCUGCUGCGUCGGUACCCAGACACCAAUGGAGCCAUAUUGUGUCAUAUGAAAAAACAAGCCACCUAGUCUUGGUCUGAAAGAUAAAGGCUAUUUGUUUGUUUGUUUGUUUUAUCUAUCCCUGGGUUUCUGGGUUUCAUCUGGGUUUAGAUUUCUUUGAGGGGCUGGAUACAAGUUGCCCUGACUUAAAAUGGGGACAAUAAGAACGAGAAUCAAGUCAAAAGGUUUCUCUGAUAAAUAUAUGUAAAUUGGUUCGAAGAUAACCUUGUGGGUUUAUCACAGCUGUGUAUCAUAUUGUAAAUGGUGUAAAUUGGCUUUGCUUUUAUCUGUUUCUAUUCCGACUAUAUUUGAUAAAAACCUUCGUAUUACUUGUUUGUGUUCAGAUAUCAAACCUCAGACAUAUUUUGCAAGUGUAUGUGUCACUUGAAUGGAUAUGUGGACAAGUCCCUCACUCUCUCGUUAAAUCAGACCCACAUCUCUCCCCCCUCAUCAUAACCAAGGAAGGACUGUUUGACUUCAUAGG